AUGCUUCACGAAUUACCAUUGCCAUUACUUGUACUACUACAUUCUGCGCUCCAGACUUUUGCGCUCUCCUUGCCUGAUGAAUCCAACUUGAACGUCAUAUCGAAACCGCAGCAGUUGAAGCCGCGACUCCAACUUGCGCCUGAGUCCGUACAAUCUCAGAUACGCGCCUCCAAUACAAGCUCGAACGGAACCAUCACCGGGCGUAAUGGGACACAGUUUGUCUGGGUGCUACAAGACAACUUCGAUCAUACAAACUUCUUUGAUGAAUUCGCAUUCUUCACGGGAGAGGAUCCUACCCAUGGGACGGUCACAUAUGUGGACAACACGACGGCAUUCAACAGUAGUCUUGCCUAUGUCUCAGACCGAAACACCGUGAUCAUGAAGGGUGAUAAUACGACCUGGUUAGCUGAGGGCGCAUAUCGAGAGAGUGUGCGCGUCUCGAGCAAAACGACCUAUAACACUGGUCUCUUUAUCCUGGAUGCCAACCGAGCUCCCUGGGGAUGCUCCGUAUGGCCGGCAUUUUGGACACUGGGCAACACCGGAACAUGGCCUGCUUCUGGCGAAAUAGACGUAAUUGAAGGCGUUCACGACAAUGAGCACAAUCAAGUAACCUGGCACACCAUGGCCAACUGCAGUCUUACGCCCAGCGCGGAUCUGUUCAGUGGGACUUUAGCGACCGCAAACUAUACCAACUGCGAGGCCGGGGGUGUCGACAACUUGCCUGGCUGCGGUAUCAUCGAGUGGAGCCAAGCGUCCUAUGGCCCGACGUUCGAUGCAGGAGGCGGAGGCGUUUUCGCGAUGAAGUGGGAUGUGGACGGUAUUGCUGUCUGGAACUUCUACCGAGUCGCUGUGCCGCAAGACAUCAUAAACGGGGAGCCUGACCCAUCAAACUGGGGAACACCCGUGGCUCAGCUCGCGCCUGAUAAUUGCGAUAUCGAAAAGUACUUCUACAACCACAACAUCAUCUUCGAUAUCACGUUCUGCGGAGACUGGGCCGGAAAUGACUACGCGACUUCUGGUUGUCCCGGAACGUGUGCGCAACGUUUGAUGGACCCAACAAACUACAAUAACGCUACCUGGGAUAUCAACUGGGUCAAAGUCUACCGUAGGCAAAAUAUCCCUACUGUCGUCAAUGCGUCCGGUGCUCGAAAGCUGCGCAGUCUGUUUUCCGCUUUAGGCCUUUCGAGUGUCUUUACGAUUAUCUCCCUCUUGUAUUAG